UGACUGCCCAGCUCUUUUGGCUCCUCACAACGGUGGCUUUCUCCUGAGCAGCUCCCACACUGGCAGCCGUGGGCUGGCAGCGAGUCAAUGCAUCCCUGUGUGCAUCCUUGUGCCGGGAUGGCUCCGGAUGCCCCCGCCCUCCGCUGCCAUUGGCACUGCAGGCAAUAAGAAGGCAGCGAGUCCCCUGGACGGGCUGCACUGCUGUGUCACAGCCCCGACGCCAGCACGGAGAGCCACAUUGCAACCAUGUCUGAGCUGGAGAAGGCCAUGAUUGCCAUCAUUGAUGCCUUCCACCAGUACUCGGGGAAGGAGGGAGACAAGCACAAGCUGAAGAAGUCAGAACUGAAGGAGCUCAUUAACAAUGAGUUGAGCCAUUUCCUUGGGGAGAUCAAAGACCAGGAGACUGUGGACAAAGUCAUGGAAGCGCUGGACAGUGAUGGCGAUGCAGAAUGCGACUUCCAGGAGUUUGUAGCCUUCAUUGCAAUGGUCACUGCUGCUUGCCACGAGUUCUUUGAGCAUGAAUGAGCUGGUGGGAGAGAGGUGAGCACCUCCCGCUCAUGCUGGAGAGGAGCAGAGCAGCAAGUUCCUCUGGGAAAAUGACUGGAGUUCCUUGGAGUUAAGCUUGUGCUAGACUUAAGCAGCUUAUUAAGUUCUACGGCUUUGUGAACAAGAACCCCCUACAUGGUUCAGGGAAGUGCCCACCUGGCUGGAUGUGGUGUGAGAAUGCCUUGUCUCCAGCUCCUUCCAUGCUGCUGUAUGCCAGGGAUGUGCACAGGGCUGGAUGAUGCUGUGAUCCAAGCUUGCUUGCAAAGGGAAAAGGGGAAUUCAGGGGCCGAAGCAGGAGGUGAUGCAGAGAGGCUGGUUACAGAAGCCUGGUUCUGGCCUGAGCAGAAAGGCUCCUGUUGAUUCCCAUGGGCUCUGACUGCCCUGUGCAUGGCACUAACACAAACAGCACAGCCCGUCCCUGUCAUGGGGCUCAGCAGAGCUCACACACUUCUUGGUAAAUUGAGACACCCUUGGCUUGAAAGGCAAAGCAUAACUACCUAACAGCCCAGGCUCUUCUCUUGACAAUGAAUCCUCCUGCUUUGAGCAGCCUGCAGUCUGGAAGCAAAAGUGUAUGAGGCUCCUGCCUUAGGGACAGCCGCUGGGCCUGGAAGCGCCUUGGUAAGGUCUCCAGGCUCAGUCAGAAGGCAUGAAGGGAUCUACCCAAUGUGACCACAGUGCUUUAACAUAGACCAGAGCCUCCAGUGUGUGGAAAUGGUGAGAAUAAAAUGUUGGUUUGGUC